CAGGACUGGGAGAUGAAACAUGGCAUUUACAAAAUGGAAUUGAUACAGUCAGCAGUGAAUGACAUGUGGUUUAUGAACCGCAGUGAUGAGGGUGUUAUUUGUGGUAAAUAUUUCGAGCCUUUACCAGUUGAAAUUAUUGCGCUUAUACUCACAGCUAUCGAAUGUUGCAUUGAUGAGUGGAUAACCGGAGUCAAGGAAGACAUUAAAUUCUUGGCAGCUACCUAUUCUCCCAUCUACCAGGUUCACCUCAGCUCCUUGCAGUGCUUCAACGAGCGUACUUCUGCUUACAAACUACUUGGUAAAAUCACUGACACUAUCCUUGAUGUUGCUUGGUAUGUUCCUGACCACUAUUGUUCAUUAUCGUGA